AUGACCAUGGAGCGGAACGUGCUGCAGCAGAGCGCCACGCAGAAGCACCAACAGACAUUUCUGAAUCAGUUGAGAGAAAUAAUUGGGAUUAAUGACACGCAGAUCCUGCAGCAGGCCUUGAAGGAUAGCAAUGGAAACUUGGAAUUAGCGGUGGCUUUCCUUACUGCAAAGAAUGCCAAGACCCCUCAGCAAGAGGAGACAACUUACUACCAAACAGCACUUCCUGGCAAUGAUCGAUACAUCAGUGUGGGAAGCCAAGCAGAUACAAAUGUGAUUGAUCUCACUGGAGAUGAUAAAGAUGAUCUUCAGAGAGCAAUUGCCUUGAGUUUGGCAGAAUCCAACCGGGUGUUCAGGGAGACCGGAAUAACUGAUGAGGAACAAGCUAUUAGCAGAGUUCUUGAAGCCAGCAUAGCAGAAAAUAAAGCAUGCUUGAAGAGGACACCUAUGGAAGUUUGGAGGGCUUCUAGAAACCCUUACGAUAGAAAAACGGACAAAGCUCCUGUUGGGCUGAAGAAUGUUGGCAACACUUGCUGGUUUAGAGCUAUUAUUCAGUCAUUAUUCAGUCUUUUGGAAUUUAGAAGAUUAGUUCUGAAUUACAAGCCUCCAUCAAAUGCUCAAGAUUUACUCCAAAACCAAAAGGAACAUCGGAAUUUACCUUUUAUGCGUGAGUUGAGGUACCUGUUUGCACUUCUGGUUGGUACGAAAAGGAAAAACGUUGAUCCAUCUAGAGCAGUGGAAAUUCUCAAGGAUGCCUUCAAAUCAAAUGACUCACAGCAGCAAGAUGUGAGUGAGUUUACUCACAAAUUAUUAGAUUGGCUUGAAGAUGCCUUCCAGAUGAGAGCUGAAGAAGAAACGGAUGAAGAGAAGCCAAAGAACCCCAUGGUAGAGCUUUCUUACGGAAGGUUCCUUGCUGUAGGAGUGCUGGAAGGAAAGAAAUUUGAAAACACUGAAAUGUUUCGUCAGUAUCCACUUCAAGUCAAUGGGUUCAAAGACCUGCAUAAGUGUCUAGAAGCAGCCAUGAUUGAAGGAGAGAUUGAGUCUUUACAUUCAGAUAACUCUGGAAAAUCAGGACAAGAGCAUUGGUUUACUGAGCUCCCACCUGUGCUGACAUUUGAAUUGUCAAGAUUUGAAUUUAAUCAAGCAUUGGGAAGACCAGAAAAAAUUCACAACAAAUUAGAAUUUCCCCAAGUUUUAUAUCUUGACAGGUAUAUGCACAGAAACAGAGAAAUCACAAGAAUUAAGCGUGAAGAGAUCAAGAGACUUUGAGAUUACCUCGCAGUAUUACAACAAAGAUUAGAAAGAUAUUUAAGCUAUGAUUCGGGUCCCAAAAGAUUCCCUCUGGUAGAUGUUCUACAGUAUGCAUUGGAAUUUGCCUCCAGUAAACCUGUUUGCACUUCUCCUGUUGAGGAUAUUGACGCCAGUUCACCACCUAGUGGUUCUACCCCAUCACAGCCAUUACCAAGCACAGCAGAACAGCAAGGUCCUCCUUCUGAGCUGCCCAGCACAUCACCCAUGUCAGGUAUGGCCAUGCCAUCGAGGUCAGUGAUCCACAAACCAUUCACUCAGUCACGGGUACCUCCAGACAUGCCCAUGCACCCAGCACCAAGGCAUAUAACAGAAGAAGAACUUUCUGUGCUGGAAGGCUGUUUACAUCGCUGGAGGACAGAAAUAGAGAAUGACACAAGAGACUUGCAAGAAAGCAUAUACAGAAUCCACUGAGCGAUUGAGCUCAUGUACUCUGACAAGCCCAUGGUCCAGGACCCUUAUCGCUUACAUGCUGUCUUAGUCCAUGAAGGCCAAGCUAAUGCUGGACACUACUGGGCAUAUAUCUUUGAUCAUCGUGAGAACAGGUGGAUGAAGUACAAUGACAUAGCAGUGACAAAAUCAUCUUGGGAAGAACUAGUGAGGGACUCAUUUGGUGGUUAUAGAAAUGCCAGUGCAUACUGUCUGAUGUACAUAAAUGAUAAGGCACAGUUUUUAAUACAAGAGGAGUUUAACAAAGAAACUGUGCAGGCCCUCGUGUGAAUAGAAACAUUGCCACCGGACUUGAGAGAUUUUGUUGAGGAAGACAACCAACAAUUUGAAAAAGAACUGGAAGAGUGGGAUGCACAGCUUGCCCAGAGAGCUUUGCAGGAAAAGCUUCUAGCAUCCCAGAAACUGAGGGAGGCUGAGUCUUCGAUGAAAACAGCGCAAGCAGGAGAACCAGAGUAUCUAGAGCAUCCAUCAAGAAGUGAUUUCUCAAAGCACUUGAAAGAAGAAACUAUUCGAACAAUUACCAAGGCAUCACAUGAGCAUGAAGAUAAAAGUCCCGAAACAGUUUUGCAGUCGGCAAUUAAGUUGGAGUACUCAAGGCUGGUUAGGUUGGCUCAAGAAGAUACCCCACCUGAAACAGAUUAUCGUUUGCAUCAUGCAGUCGUCUACUUCAUUCAGAACCAGGCGCCAAAGAAAAUCAUUGAGAAAGCAUUACUAGAACAAUUUGGAGAUAGAAAUUUGAGUUUUGAUGAAAGGUGUCACAUCAUAGUGAAAGUUGCUCAAGCCAAACUGGAAAUGAUAAAGCCUGAAGAAGUAAACUUGGAGGAGUAUGAGGAAUGGCAUCAAGAUUACAAGAAGUUCAGAGAAACAACCAUGUAUCUCAUAAGUGGACUAGAAAAUUUUCAGAAAGAAAGUUACAUAGAUUCCUUGCUGUUUCUUAUCUGUGCUUAUCAGAACAACAAAGAACUCUUGUCCAAGGGCCCAUGCAGAGGGCAUGAUGAAGAGCUGAUCUCCCAUUACAGAAGAGUGUGUUUACUAAAACUCCAUGAGCAAGCUGCAGAACUAUUUGAGUCUGGAGAGGACCAAGAUGUGAACAGUGGUUUGAUUAUCAUGAAUGAAUUCAUUGUCCCGUUUUUGCCCUUGUUACUGGAGGAUGAAAUGGAAGAGAAAGAUAUCCUUGCUGUGGAAGACAUGCGGAAUCGAUGGUGUUCCUACCUAGGACAAGAGAUGGAAGCAAACCUCCAAGAAAAGCUGACAGAUUUUCUGCCAAAACUGCUUGACUGUUCUACAGAGAUGAAAGGCUUCCAUGAGCCACCAAAGCUUCCUGCAUAUUCCACACAUGAACUAUGUGAGCGCUUUGCCCGAAUCAUGUUGUCCCUCAGUCAAACUCCUGCUGAUGGAAGAUAAACUGCCCACAUUUUCCCUAAACACAAUGUAUAAACAUUUUUUAGUUCCUAACUCUUGUCAUCCUGCCACGGGGUUUGCUUGUUGCUGCUAUAGUUUUUAAAGUUUUUAUUUUAAUAACUUCAAAAGACAAAAUGACUAUACCGGCCCCAGCCAGAUUGCAAACAAUAAAGAUGAGAAUCGCA